AUGACUACCAGACCCAAUACCAAUCAAGAAGCCCAGAAGUCUAUAUCCGAUAAUGGAAACUCUAAUAUAGAAAUGGAGGAACCAAGCAGUAAUGGAAAGGACAACCAACAAAAAAUUUCUUACAUACCUCAGACAGUCAGUAACAGUGAUAACAGAGAACCAAGCUCUACAGUCAAUCGAACCAUCUAG